AUGAUUUCCAAAUUUGGAGUGACGAUUAAUUGUUUGUGCCCGGGACCUGUAAAAACUGAUAUAUUGCGCAACGCUACUUUUAAAGUCAAAAUUAUUACCGCCUGUAUCGCCCCUUUCUUCAAGAAUGCCAAACAAGGUGCGCAGACCACUAUUCACCUGGCUGUAGCUGACGAAGUAGCUGACAUUACCGGAGAAUAUUUCACUGAUUGCAAGAUCACAAAAACUUCCCCGAUGGCCAUGGAUGUGGGUCUAGCUAAAAAAUUGUGGGAUAUCAGUGAAACGUUGGUCAAUCUUAAACCAGAGGAACGAAAUUAUUGAUUGUAAAAAUAGAAAUGCAUGGCUUUUCCAAUUAAAAAGUAGGCCGGGAAAUAUUCUAAUAGUGCCCAACGAAAUUAAUAUUUCAGUCCAUUUCUGAGGCAACCAAUGCAUGUAGAUGAUCAUUUUAAUAAAUCACCAUUUGAUUAUUUGAUAUUUAUUUUAUAAUUACCUCUAAUAAUGUAUGUCUAAAAAACCCAAUAAUAACAAUUACAACAAGAAUUGUACGUGCUAGUCAUUUGAGUAAAACAAGAUCCUUAUA